GACUCCAGAAUAUGUUUACCAGGCUGUUGGACUUUCUGAUGCAAAUUAGAUUGGAUACAACAAAGUUCACAAGUGCUUUGGAUAUACCCGUGGAAUUUGUAGAGAAGAAUGUGAAGUUGCGGGGAAAAUUACAUCACAUAACGGAGAAAGGUCUAGAAGUUGAACACAUUCCCAUUAGCAUUCCUUUCAUUACAGCAAUACAGAGAAAAUGGCAAUCAGACAGUCUUUUGCUGAUAAGACUUGCUGGAGUGGAGUUGACUCCGAGCGGCAUGGUCUGGUUACGCGAAGAGUUGAAACCCUCGCAAAUGAUAUGGUUCCAACUUCUCGGAAGGCAGGACUUGGCACUUGAGUGCCUUGUUUUAGUAAAUAAGGGUCGAUUUCUCAGUGUGUGCUUAAAUGAAGAGAUCUUGAGACAAGGGCUUGGCAGAACAGCACGCAUUGAAGGACUACAUCAUGAUUCUCACCUGUACUGGAAACUUCACAAAAGACUGCUACGAGCAGAGUUAAAGGCCUUGAAGAAAAAUAAAGGAAUAUGGAAAGAAGAAAGCUACUCUGAAAAAAUUAAAGAUCAUAUAAGCAACAAUAAAUUUGUGCAGACACUGAAACAAUUUGCAAACUGGUUAAGAAGUUAUAUUUAAAGGUAGAAUGGGCAACUUGUUUGGAAAAAUGCCAGUUAUCUAUGGUAUGUGCUUUGUGUAAGGUAUAAGUUUAUUUAAAAAAAAGCAGUGCCGUAAUUUUGAGGGUCCUUGUCUUAAAGAGUCACCUGAAGUCAUAUUAUAACUUACACAGCAUUGAAGUUCAGAAGCAGCAUUCGGUAUACAAAUUAAAAUGUUCUUAAGCUAAGCUUUUCCACAAUAAUUUCCUAAAUUAGUCCAGUUUUCCAGCUGCUGAAUACCUACACAACUGUGUUAGCUGUGGUGACAGUAGUUGACAGUUGAGUUUUUAAAAGGUGGGAUAAGUUAGUUCACAAUGUAAUGCCUUAGCUGCUUAUCUGUUAUAUGUCAUAAUUGUGUCACAGGCAUUGGUUUGAAAAUUGAAAUUAUUACCCUUUUUCAGAGCUUGUAGGAUUUAUUUGCAGAUUAGUAUUUUGUUUAAUUUCUCUUCUUAUCCCAUUUCUGGGUAUAAUUUAUGUUUUAAAAAACUUUCAUCUUAAAUAAUAGGUUGCAUUGUUACCAAUAGAAAAGAUAAUUUGUUGCAGCUAAUCUUAGAAAGCUGAUAAGCUCACAGCAGCAAAAGUUUUUUGAAAUAAAUCUACUUGAAGCAUAUAAAAGAAUAGAAAUGAAUGGCAGUAAUCCAGAAUUUGUAAAAUGAAAGACUAACCUUAAGAGUUGCAGAAUCUUAUACUUAUAUCUGAGCAAAAAUCUAUGCUUUUUUUUCCUCAUAGUUCUGUAACUAUCUAAAAUUGGAUUGAAAUAAAACUUUAACAUGAAAUGUAAAAAGGUGGACCAUACUGAGCUAAAAAUUUAAAUCCUCAUUCUUGUUUGUUUUACUUUUGAAACAAGUGUCAAGCAUGUGAGUGUAUUACUAUUUAUUUUGUAAAUAUUCUCAGAAUAAACGUUUAAUUUCUUA